AUGGCCAAGGGAUUGUUCUUGGCGCUCGCGUGCUCAGCACUGCGGCCAGUGAUAGCCGCAACGAUCACCCACGACUUUUCAAUCGGAUGGGUGCGUGCCAAUCCCGACGGCGCCUUCGAGAGACCAGUCAUCGGCAUCAAUGGCCAAUGGCCAAUUCCUCGUAUCGACGCGAACAUUGGCGACAAUAUCAUUAUCAAUGCGUACAAUGAUCUUGGGAAUCAAUCAACCUCCCUCCAUUUUCAUGGACUCUUUAUGAACGGGACUGCGCAUAUGGAUGGUCCUUCCCAAGUUAGCCAGUGUCCUAUCCCGCCGGGAUCAUCAUUCACGUACAACUUCACGAUAACCCAGCCUGGCACUUACUGGUACCACUCUCAUACUCAAAGUCAAUAUCCUGAUGGUCUACGCGGGCCACUGAUCAUCCAUGACCCGGAGAACCCCUACAAGGACAGGUACGAUGAAGAGAUUGUGUUGACGUUGUCGGAUUGGUACCAUGAGCAGAUGCAAGUUCUCAUCCCUCAAUUCAUGAGCAAAACCAACCCCACUGGUGCGGAGCCUGUUCCGAAGGCUGCCCUGAUGAAUGAGACUCAAAACCUCACCAUCUCCAUCCAGCCAGGAAAGACCUACUUGUUUCGCGUCAUUAAUAUUGGCGCCUUCGCUGGUCAGUAUCUUUGGUUUGAGGGACAUAAUAUGUCCAUUGUCGAGGUCGAUGGAGUCUACACGAAACCAUCUGAAGCAGAGAUGAUCUAUCUGUCGGCUGCGCAGCGUUGUAGCUUUCUUCUAACCGCGAAGAACGACACAAGCCAGAACUACCCCAUCAUUGGUAGCAUGGAUACGACCCUCUUUGAUACUCUGCCUGACGAUCUGAACUGGAACGUCACCAGCUGGCUGACUUACGACAAAUCCAAGCCGCUCCCAGAGCCCGCAGUCAUCGAGGGGGAUUUCUCUCCGUUCGAUGACAUGACACUGGUUCCUCAUGACGGGUUGGAGCGAUUUGGCGAGCCAGACCAAUCAGUCGAACUCGACGUCAUUAUGGAUAACCUUGGUGACGGUGCCAACUACGCCUUCUUCAACAACAUCAGCUAUGCGCACCCCAAGGUUCCUACAUUGUACACCGCUCUCACAGCUGGCGAUUCUGCGGAGAACCCUCAGGUCUAUGGAACUUAUUCCCACAGUUUCGUGUUGAAGAAGGAUGAAAUCGUCCAAAUCGUGGUGAAUAACCUUGAUUCUGGACGCCACCCCUUUCAUCUGCAUGGUCAUCACUUCCAAGCCCUGUACCGUGGCGAGGAAGAGAGCGGCACGUUCGAGCAGUCGAAUAUGACGGAAAAUGACUUUCCUCAAGUCCCCAUGAGACGUGACACCCUCGUAAUCUGGCCGGAUGGGAACAUCGUUCUCCGUUUCAAGGCCGAUAACCCAGGCGUCUGGCUAUUCCACUGCCACAUCGAGUGGCAUGUGACUUCAGGUCUCCUUGCGACCUUCGUGGAGGCCCCGUUGGAGCUUCAGAAGACUCUCCAACUUCCUCAAAAUCACAUCGACGUUUGCAAUGCCGGUCAAGUUCCUGUCAAAGGCAAUGCCGCAGGCAAUACGGCGGAUCUUCUGGACUUGACCGGGCAGAACGCUCCCCCCGCGCCACUGCCAGCUGGAUUCACCCCUCGCGGUAUCGUGGCUUUCGUCUUCAGCUGCAUCACAGGUCUGCUAGGCAUCGUCGUCGUUUGCUGGUACGGAAUGGCAGGCUCGGGAAGCAGCGUGGAUCAAGCUGCUAUCCAGCCUAACCAAGCGCAGAUAGCAAUGGGAGGCCAAGUGUCUGACGACGGUGUUGAGAAGAAGACUGCUGCUGAUUCUCGAUGA